AUUGUUAGCACCUCAUACCCUUGGGCCUAGGGUGGGUAGAGCUCAUUUACAGGUAUCUGACUCUUAGUUUUGAUAAUGCACAUCUAACUAAUAUACAUACACUACUUCCACUUGAAAUUAAAAGGUGUAAUGGCUCACCCCGUUAGCUUAACAUUAGCUUAGCAUAGCGGAGUUGGUGUAGCCGUAUCUUACAAGGCAUUUAUCAUUCUGACAUUGACCUGUAUGCACAAAAGCAUAUAAAUAUAAGCAUACCUCAAAGAAAACGUAUGAGUCCAGGCUUUUAUAAGUCUUCAUCUUCUCCAUUGUGUGGAUGCCUGGGCUGUUGAUAAGGUACUCGUAAAUGGAGUGCCAUUGAAGAUCUGGCCACGUAGUACGGUCGUUUUCCCAUGAAACCAGAGGAAUUUGGUACGGACAUGACUGCAAACCAACCAGUUCUAAUUUUUCUUGAUACCGUAGCUUGGCUUUUGGCUCAAGAUUUCCGAAAUAAUCAGCAGACAUUUUUCUCCGGGUCAAAACUGCGCGGUUUCAGCGGUCAAAUCGCGGUUGCUAAUGACUUUGUUGCCCCCUCUUUUAAUGGCGGCGUGCGUUGCUAAGGAAGGUAUGGUCACGUGUCCCAGACUCUGACGUCAUUGCGAAAAGGUCUAUAUCUUAAAAUCAUAACACUGCCCGUGUUAUGAUUUAAGAACGUUGUAUCUUAAACCAUAACACUGUCGUCAUAUAUGUCCAUCUGAAGCUUACUAGUGUCUCGCCUGUGAUCAGACAAUCAGAGCGUUUCUAAGACCUUCUCAGAAGACGACCCAGGUGCAAUACUUCUUUCCAGAAACAGUUCUCUGCAGUGUAAGUCAUUACACAUUUUUUGUUUCCUAUUGUUCAUGCUGAUGUCUGCAAAGAAAAACUAAUUUAUACCUGAAUUUAUUUUUAAACAUUAGUUUUGUGCUUAUUUACUUAUUUUGCUACUACCAUGCUACUGUGAUUGAAAACAUUGUAUAUACUAGGUCGAUAAUGUAUUUAGCAUUUGCUAUAUUUUCAAUUGAAAUGUAAAAAUAUCAUUUUGAUCAGAUUUUUGUUCCAUUUUUUGCGGUGAUGUGUUAAACUCGUUGAUGUGUCUGUUUGAACACAGUUUGACUGCGAUGGCUCAACAAAAACAAAGAGGAAGUGCGAGAAUAUUCAAGGCUGCAUGCGAAGCCGCAUUUCAGUCUGCUCCCCAGAAGAAUCAGGGGACUUUCAAAGUUUCAACUCGGACAGACAACUGUCCUAAACGCGAUGAAGCUGAAAGACUUCAAGACAAAAUCAAACAGCUUCAAGAGAGAAACCGCAAGUUGCAAGAAGACCAAAUUCAGUACGAGAAAAUUAUCUCAAGACUGGAAAAGGACAACAAAAGUCUUUCCUUGAAGCUGAACACAGCUGAACAGGAACUGAAGACUAAGAAAACCCAGGUCGAGGACCUGGAGAGAAAGCAGUGUUUUCAGAGAUUCUCCAGACACGUUGAGUAUGAGUCUCGACUGGACAAAGUCAAGCGGGAAGCAGAGAAAAUGCAAGAUAAAAUUCUGCUGGAGGCUCACAGAAAAAUCCAACAGCUCACAGCUGACCAUGAUCAAGCAAAUCGGCGUGUCCUCAGCUACACAGCCGAGUUUGACACGCUGAAAAAUGACCUGGAGAACAGCAGAGCUUCGACUCGUGAGCUGCAAGCUGCGCUGAAGACUGAGAAGGAUGAGUACAUCAAGUCUAGCCAGCUUCAGCAAGUGGAAAACCAACGACUCCAGGGUUUGGUGGCUGGACUCUCUGCACUCCUCAGCGCGUUUGAACAAGAACACAGCAGUGAAGCCGCAGAGAGACAGGAGCUGCUGCGGGACAAUGAGAACCUCACCGAAAGAGUUAAACUCCUGAGAAAUGACAAAAUCGACCUCUUGAAGAACCAAAACAGACUGCAGAGGGAAAAUGAGCAGUCUGACAAAAAGGUGGGACUGCUCAUCAACUCUAGCCAGCUGCAGCAAGAGGAAAACCAACGACUCCAGGAUUUGGUGUCUGGACUGUCUGUGCGUCUCAGCACGUUUGAACAAGAACACAGCAGAGAGGCCGCAGAGAGACUGGAGCUGCAGCAGGACAACGAGGUCCUCACCAAAAGAGUAAAAAUGUUAAAGCAUGACAAAAUCAACCUCCUGAAGAACCAUGACCGACUUCAGAGGGAACAUGAAGCAGCGAAGGAAUCGUGGACCAAAAGGAACACUGGUUGCUUCAGCUUCCUCAGAAGGGCAGAGAAGGAGCACGCAGCAGAAACGCAGAAAAGUCGCAGACACGAUGGUGACGCCACUGAGAGCCAGAAAAGUCGCUGGUGGCGUAACAAGAAAUGAUUCAGCUGGUUGUUAGCUGACAGCCAGCCGAAUCUCUGCUCCUUUCUCUCCCUUCUCCCCCUAUUUUCUAUCCUCACCUCCAUCAAGAUAGAUAUCUUUCUGUU